CAGUCUACACUGCUCCUCAAAACAGAAAAUAUCUGAAAAUAACCGCAGUCAAAUGUAAAUGUAAAUCCUUGUCGCCGAGCUCUGCGAUCGCAUACGUUGACUCCGUCGCUGUCAACCUUGCAGUAACACUCACAGCGGCAAGCGCAGCAGAACCAACGUAUCCUACGCCUCAUGUCUCCUGGGCUUAUCUUUAAUUUAGCUAGACAACGAUUGAUAGACUAGCUGAGUUAGGCAGUAGUGCACCUACAACAACCGUUGGCAAAUCAUAUAUCUCUGAACCCUCCAACCCUUUGCCAUCGUCGGCGACGUCAACUACUGGUAAACAAACAGGCAAAUAUAGCACUACUGCUCCGGCGAAAAUCAAUCCAAGUUUAUCUAAUGCUACCGAAACCAAAGUCAAGCUCGUCCUUGUCGACGCCGCAAAGCAGCAGUCGUUUGAAUUUGCGCGAACGACUGAAACGCAAAAUGCAAAAUUUGCUCAACAAGCAAUACAAAGCGGACAAACGUGCUGAAAUCGAGAAAUGGCAACGUGAAAGGCAACUGCAACAGGAGCGCGAGGAUGAAAUGCGCGAAAUGGCACUCAAACUGAGACGAAGGCAACGCGAACUGCGCCAUCGCUACGGCACCCCAUCAAGUGGCAAGGGUUCUGAUAGUGAUGCUUCGGGAGCAUUAAAAUCCGCGCAACCCACAGCGCAACGGCGCAGCACGUCGAGAAGUAGUGAAACCAUUAGCGCGCCUGCCACAGAAAAGAAACUAACACAAAGUCAUCAACAUAGCACGGGCCGUGGGAAUGAUGACAAGGCGGAAGAGCAGCAUCAUUCAACAGUAACUCAUCACCAACAUAGAUCCCUACAUCGUAGUAGUAGUCGGGAGCGUGCGCAUCGUUCACGCAGUCGCAGCCAGUCUUACUAUCAAUCGCAGCGAUCAGCAGGCUCUAAACGGCGCUCUCGUUCCCGUUCGCGUAAUCGUCGUAGCGCUUCGAGACGUCGGCGACGAAGUGCAUCACGUUCUCGUUGGCAGCGUGACACCAGCCGUGAACGCGCGUCACGUCAUCAACGCACUCAACGUUACGAUGAACGUGAACGUGAGCGGGAGCGUGAGAGGGACAUAGAUAGAGAUCGCGAUCGUGAUCGCGGCAGGCGUUCACGUUCAAGAAAUGAACCACGGCCUAGAGAAAGUUAUCGUGACCGUGAUAGGGAUAGGAAUAGGGAUCGUGAGCGCGAACGUGAACGUGAACGCGACAGGGAUCGUGAUAGGGAAAGAGAUAGAGACAAACAUCGGCAUCAACGCGAUGCUCAAUGCUACAGACAGGAGACUGCCACAAGCAGUGGCAGCAGUGCUAAUACUAAUAGAAACCGCAUUGUCAUAUCUGCGCCACCAAAACUAAAGAAACUAGUUGAUUACUAGAUUAGAGACUGGGAAGAAUGCAAUAUCUUCCAUGUGCGGUAAUUGUUUCGAGUUUUUUUG